AAAGUCAGCCAACACACACUUCAAAUUUAGAAAAUUCAACCACUCUUUUUCCAACCCUAUAAAAUUGGGAUCUCAUCGUAUUUUCCAAAAAAUCAAAAACCCUUUUCGUUUUCUGACACUAUCGAGCUCGAACCAAGAACCCAAAUCACAGAGAUUUGUGUUUUUUUUCCUUACACUGCCUUUUUUUUUUGAAGUAUCUUGAAAAGAAAAGAGGCAAAACCCUAGAUCUAUAAUUUUUUUUAAUUGUGUUUAUAUUUUUGAGGAUCCAAGAUCCGAGAGAGAUGGCAGGGGGAGCAUUUGUAAGCCAAGGUCCGGUCCGAAACUACAAUUACAGAUUGACGCCGAAAGUGUUCAUAACAUGUUUCGUUGGCGCAUUUGGUGGUCUGAUCUUCGGGUACGACCUUGGGAUCUCAGGAGGGGUAACCUCGAUGGAACCCUUCUUGAAGGAGUUUUUCCCUUCUGUCUACCACAAGAUGAAAAACGCGCACGAGAAUGAGUACUGCCGGUUUGACAGCGAGCUCCUAACGCUCUUCACGUCGUCCCUGUACCUCGCGGCUUUGGUCUCGUCCUUCUUCGCUUCGACCGUAACCAGGGUUUUCGGUCGGAAAUGGUCCAUGUUCCUCGGAGGUUUCAUCUUCUUUGUCGGCUCUGCCUUCAACGGCUUCGCCAAGAACAUCGCCAUGCUUCUCAUCGGUCGCAUUCUCCUAGGCUUCGGCGUCGGAUUCGCCAAUCAGUCUGUACCGGUUUAUCUCUCGGAAAUGGCACCUGCUAAUCUCAGAGGAGCUUUCAACAUCGGAUUUCAAGUCGCGAUUAUCUUCGGGAUCGUGGUCGCUACCAUCAUCAAUUACUUCACAGCUCAGAUCAAAGGAGGGUACGGAUGGCGGAUUUCUCUCGGCCUCGCUUGUGUGCCUUCGAUCAUGAUCAUGGUAGGUGCUCUCGUUCUUCCCGACACGCCCAACUCGCUCAUCGAGAGAGGCCAUACCGAGCAGGCGAAGGAAAUGCUCCGACAGAUCCGAGGCACUGAACACGUGGACGAGGAGUUCCUAGAUCUUAUCGAGGCGAGCGAGGCGGCGAAACAAGUGAAACACCCUUGGAGAAACAUCAUGCUUCCUCGAUACCGACCUCAACUCAUCAUCACUUUCUUCAUCCCCUUCUUCCAGCAGCUGACCGGAAUCAACGUGAUCACGUUCUACGCUCCCGUCUUGUUCCAGACACUCGGGUUCGGUAGCAAAGCCGCUCUCCUGUCCGCCAUGGUCACGGGAAUUAUCGAGCUCUUGUGCACCUUUGUCUCGGUCUUCACAGUAGAUAGGUAUGGACGGAGAGUGUUGUUCCUUCAGGGCGGUAUCCAGAUGCUUAUCACUCAGAUCGCCAUUGGAGUCAUGAUCGGUCUGAAGUUUGGAGUUGCGGGAACAGGAAACAUCUCGAAAUCGGACGCUAAUUUGGUAGUGGCACUGAUAUGCAUAUACGUUGCGGGAUUCGCCUGGUCGUGGGGACCUCUCGGAUGGCUCGUUCCGAGCGAGAUAAGCCCUCUGGAGAUCAGAUCGGCGGCCGUGGCUCAGCUCUUCCUGACGAUGCUUUGCCAUCUGAAAUUCGGGCUCUUCUUCUUCUUCGCGAUCUUCGUCCUCGCGAUGACGAUCUUCAUGUACUUCCUCUUGCCCGAGACGAAGAACGUGCCGAUCGAAGAGAUGAACAGGGUCUGGAAAGCCCACUGGUUCUGGGGGAGGUUCAUCCCUGACGACGCGGUCGGUGUCGCGUCCGCAGAGUUGCAGGAAAAGGCGGUGUGAAUGAUGCGGAUUGUUCCUUCCUUCUAUGCAUAUAAACCCUUCUUCUUCUUCUUCAUGUUUGUUAUUCCUCGUUAGAAUUUAUAUAUAAUCAAUAUGUCAUAUAAAUUUA